AUGGGGGACCCCCCAGGCAGCGCAGGAGCCCACAAGAGGGGCCGGGUCCAGCCUGGAGGGCCAGGGAUGUCUGAGUUGAGACCAGAAGGCUCCACCAGCAUGGACACCCUCAACUACCAAGAUGUUUUUGAAGAAGAUGAGAACUCAGCAUUCACCUGGGAGGUGAAGGCCAACAACCGGUACUACCACUGGCAGUUCAAGGAGAAGGUCUUCCUGUGCUGCCAAAGGAACAAGUACAAGACCAACGUCAUUCACACAGCCAAGUAUAGCGUCUUCUCCUUCCUGCCGCUGAACCUGUAUGAGCAGUUCCACCGCGUAUCCAACCUCUACUUCCUCCUUAUCAUUAUCCUACAGGGAAUCCCCGAGAUCUCCACGCUGCCCUGGUUCACACUCUUUGCCCCGCUGGUCUGCCUGCUCACCAUCCGUGCUGCCCGCGACCUGGUGGACGACAUCGGACGGCACAGGAGCGACACUGCCAUCAACAACAGGCCCUGCCAGAUCCUAGUAGGGAAGAGAUUCCUGUGGAGGAAAUGGAAGGACCUGUGCGUGGGGGACGUGGUCUGUCUGCAGAAGGACAGCAUCGUUCCGGCCGACAUGCUACUGCUCGCCAGCACUGAGCCCAGCAGCCUGUGCUACGUGGAAACGGCUGACAUUGAUGGGGAGACGAACCUGAAGUUCAGACAGGCCCUGGCAGUCACCCACCAUGAGCUGAACAAUAUAAGGAAGAUGGCGACCUUCCAAGGCAAGGUGGUGUGUGAAAAGCCCAACAGCCGGAUGCACAAAUUUGUGGGGUGCCUGGAGUGGAAGGGCAAGAGGUACUCACUAGACAGCGGCAACAUCCUCCUGCGUGGCUGCAAGAUCCGCAACACAAACACCUGCUAUGGACUGGUCAUCUACGCAGGUUUUGACACAAAGAUCAUGAAGAGCUGUGGCAAAAUCCACCUGAAGAGAACCAAGCUGGACCACCUGAUAAACAGGCUGGUGGUCAUGAUCUUCCUGGUCCUGGUGCUGGUCUCCAUGGCCUUGACCCUAGGCUUCAGGUACAAGGUCAAGGAGUUCAGGACCAAGCACUACUACAUCUCGUCCAAUGACAAGCGUACCGAGACCACCGAGUCUUUCUUCACCUUCUGGGGCUUUCUCAUCCUGCUUAGCGUCAUGGUGCCCAUGGCUAUGUUUAUCAUUGCCGAGUUCAUCUACCUGGGAAACAGCAUCUUCAUCAACUGGGAUGCACAGAUGUAUUACGCACCGCUGGACACCCCGGCCAAGGCCCGCAGCACCAGCCUCAACGACCAGCUGGGCCAGGUGGAGUACAUCUUCUCGGACAAGACGGGCACGCUCACCCAGAACGUCAUGACCUUCAGAAAGUGCUGCAUCAACGGCCACAUCUACGGUGGGUGGCCCCGGCCCCCACCCGGUGCCCCAGGGCCUCCUGGGUCCAGCCAGAAUCCGAGCAGAACACGUUGUUGUUGGCUUCUGUCCGGUCAGUUCCGGCUCAUCUUGACCCCAUGUGAGAGUGGAACUGCCCCAUCGGGUUUCCUAGGCUGUCAUCUUUACAACCUGGGGCUUUCAUUUCAUUUAGAUCCACAAUCAACACCCAUGGAAGCAGCAGUCAAGAAAUCAAACGGCACAUCGCAUUGGGCAAAUCUGGGAUUGUCUGGCAGCGUCCAGUGGCCCUUGGAAUCCUGCAGUGGGGUGUGGGGUUCUCGGGGAACUGAGCCUGAAGCCGUGUCUCUCUCCCCAGAGCCAGACAACAGGGGCACCCUACAUAAGGUAAGCCCCACCCUGUUGCCCCAAAUGGUGGGGGGGCCGGCAGGGAUCCCCCAACACAGCCCGCCUGCCUGCGCCUUCAUGCUCCAGGAUGACCUCUAUCUGUGGAACGAGUUUGCAGACGGGAAGCUAAUGUUUCACAACAAGGAGCUGCUGUCCACUGUCCGGGCCGACAAGGACACGGUGGUGCGGGAGUUCUGGCGUCUGCUGUCCCUGUGCCAUACCGUCAUGGUGCAGGAGCAGAACAAGGAAAGGCCUGACCAGCUCCUGUACCAGGCGGCUUCCCCCGACGAGGAGGCGCUGGUCACUGCAGCCCGGAACUUCGGCUAUGUGUUCCUGUCGCGCACGCAGGACACCAUCACGGUGAUGGAGCUGGGGCAGGAGCGGGUCUACAAGAUGCUGGCCAUGAUGGACUUCAACAGUGACCGCAAGCGAAUGUCGGUGCUGGUCCGCAACCCCGAGGGCUCCAUCUUCCUCUACACCAAGGGCGCCGACAUGGUCAUCUUCGAACGGCUGUCCAAGAGGGAUGUGACAGAGACCUCCACGGAGGAGGCCUUGGCCGCCUUUGCGGAGCAGACCCUGCGGACACUGUGCCUGGCCUACAAGGAGGUGGACAAGGACGUGUAUGAGGAGUGGAGCCAACGGCACCAGGAAGCCAGCCUCCUGCUGCAGAACCGGGCUCAGGCCCUGCACCAGUUGUACGAGGAGAUGGAGCAGAACCUCCAGCUGCUGGGAGCAACUGCCAUCGAGGACAGACUGCAGGAUGGCGUCCCAGACACCAUCAAGUGCCUCAAGAAUGGGAACAUCAAAGUGUGGGUGCUGACAGGGGACAAGCAAGAGACGGCAGUGAACAUCGGCUUUGCCUGCCACCUGCUCUCGGAGGACAUGAUCAUUCUGGAAGAGAGUGAGAUAGUCCGCAUGAUGGAGACCUACUGGGACAGCAACAACAACCUGCAGGAGGGGAAGGGCCGGUUCCUUCAGCAAGUCAAGAUGGCCAUGGUCAUCACGGGGGACUUCCUGGACCAGCUGAUGGCCCCAUCGUCCACGGACAAGCCCCGGACCCUGCCCCGGAACGCGCUCGGCGACGAAGCCUGGCAAGAGCCCGGCCAGCGGCAGGAGGCCUGGCGCACCUGGCGGCUGCCGCAGAUGUGGCGCGCCUUGGUGGAGCGGCUGGGGGGCAUGCCAGCGACCCUGCGGUUGCCGGGGGCCAAGGCCCAGGAGAGCCCCGAGGCGAGGCGCGAGCGGGCCUUCGUGGACCUGGCCGUGCGCUGCCAGGCGGUCAUCUGCUGCCGGGUGACCCCCAAGCAGAAGGCACUGAUCGUGACCCUCAUCCAGAAACACAAGCGCGUCGUGACCUUGGCCAUCGGGGACGGCGCCAACGACGUGAACAUGAUCAAGACGGCGGACAUCGGCGUGGGCCUGGCGGGCCAGGAGGGCAUGCAGGCGGUGCAGAACAGCGACUACGUGCUGGCCCAGUUCUGCUUCCUGCAGCGCCUCCUGCUGGUGCACGGGCGCUGGGCCUACGUGCGCAUCUGCAAGUUCCUGCGCUACUUUCUCUACAAGACGCUGGCCAGCAUGAUGGCGCAGAUCUGGUUCGCCUUCUACAACGGCUUCACCGCCCAGCCCCUAUAUGAAGGCUGGUUCCUGGCGCUCUUCAAUCUAUUGUACUCCACGCUCCCCGUGCUCUACAUUGGACUGUUUGAGCAGGAUGUGAGUGCCGAGAAGAGCCUGCAGAUGCCAGAGCUGUACAUGGCAGGGCAGAAAGAGGAGCUCUUCAACUACUGGGUCCUCUUCCAAGCCCUGGCCCACGGCACGGCCACCUCCCUGAUCAACUUCUUUGUGACCCUGCUAGCCUGUCACGACAAGGGAGGGCCCUCCAGCCUCAGUGACUACCAGUCCUUUGGCGUGAUCGUGGCCUUGUCGGGCCUGCUGUCCGUCACCAUGGAGGUGGUCCUGAUCAUCAAGUACUGGACCGUCCUGAGUGUGCUGGCCAUCCUUCUGAGCCUCUGCUGCUACGCCGUCAUGACCUGUGCCUCGGAGAGCUUGUGGCUCUAUAAGGUCUCGCCAAAGACCUUCCCGUUCCUGUAUGCCACCCGCAACGUGCUGUCCCAGCCCUUUGCCCUGCUCGUGAUCCUGCUGAAUGUGUCGCUCAACACCCUGUCCAUCCUGGCUUUUCGCAUCAUCUACCAAAUUGUCAAGAAGCCACGUCCCAAGGGCUCAGAGGUGGAGGAGGCCCCAAGUGAGGAAAUCGCGGUGGAGCCCAUUCACUACUUACAGCGUGUGUCACGUGCCCGGCGCUCCAGCUAUGCCUUUUCCCACCGUGAGGGCUACGCAAACCUCAUCACUCAGGGCACCAUCAUGCGGAGGGCUCGGGACACCAACAGCGAGCUGAUGAAUGAUGACCAGCCCCCAUCUGAAGACGAUAUUCCCCCGAGCUUCAGGGACCCAACCUGGCAUCCCAGAAGGCUGUCAUUCCUGGUGAAGAGGAAGCACCAGCGUAUGGAGAGGAUAUCCUCAGAGAGGAUGUGCCCCAGCGCCGUGGAGAGCCCAAGCUUGCCUGUCACCUUCACCUGGGGAGAGGCCACCUUCUUCUCGGGACAGGUCUCAGUCACCUGA